UUGAUCUAAUUUUCCUGAAAUGCUCUGCAGAACAAGGGGCUUUCAAUAUACCUUGUACAUGUACUUAUAGUAAAUAAAGAUAUUAUUAUUUAUAUCUUCUCCACACAUCAGGAAGCAGGGCUGGAUACAGCCUAAGUUGUCAGUGGCCCUGAUAAACCCAACAACAUGUUUUCGGUUUCGAAGAUAGCAGCAAGAUGCACACAUAUGGCGAAGCGAUCAAUCUCCCGUUCGGUUCAGAGAUAUAGCAUCGAGACCGAACCUCCAUAUUUAGAUGCAGGAGGCCCAGAGAUACCAGAAUAUUCACUAGUUAAUGUACAGAUGAAGGGAUAUGAUUUUACUGUGCUAGAACAUUAUGGCAAGUGGGUUCACAACACAGCCCUCAACAUGGGCCUUGAUGUAGAAGACAGCUGGGCAACGCCGCCAAAAGCUUUCAUUCAAAAAUACAAAAAUAAGACUCUGGCUGAUUUGACUUCUGUCAUGGCUCCACUCUUUAUUGAAGUAAUCCAGGCAGGACUUCCUCAAGGAGUAAAGCUUACAGUUCAAGAGCAUAUACCAGAGCAUACACAGGUGCGGUACAUCCCAGACUUGGAACUUAGAGACCUUCAUAAGCAGCUCACUGACCUUGGAGGACCCAGCAAAAAAUAGUCCUGUUUGACAAACUUAAGUAGUGUUCUUGUCCAUUAUUUAUGAAGUGGCUAGUACUUGGAAACUUUUAUAAAUAUGGUAGUGUUAGUGAUGAAUAAAUGUUAAAAAUAAUUACAUAUGUAUUUUCUGAGAAAUGUAUUAUUACUCAAAUCUUUUGAAAACUUUUGAUGAUGAAUAUUUGAUUCACUGAAGUACUGUAGCACUUUAAAAGUCUUUUAUUUGUUAUUUAGGAAAGCUACUUAGAUUAUUCAGUCUGUGACUUAAUUCUUUAGCUAAAUUGAGUAGGUUGCGAAUCUGCAUUUUGUCAGACUUCUAGACCGUGUAAGUUGCAGUUUCUCCCUAUCUGAUAAAAAAUUAAUUUUUAAUGUCCCCCACACUGUGCUAAGGUAUCAGACAAGGUGAUAUUUUAACUCAAGCUACUGCCGUUCAGUGGGUAGAGUGAAAAUUAAUUCAUUAACACUUAAGGGAAAAGUAACUUGUUGCUGGAUAAACUGUGCUUAUUGUAGAUAACAAUACAGGGAGAUGAACCCGAUUCAUUAUAAAAAAUAUGUAAAUAGGUUAUGUGGAUUUUACCCAAAAAUGUAUAUGUUGUACUGUAAUUAAAAAAAAAUAAAUCAUUAAAAAUCUGUCCAAAAA